CUUGGCUUUAUUCAAAAGUCAGAAAUUCUACAGCUCCCUCCAAUUCCAAUCUAUAAUCAUUCUUUUCUUUCAUUCCCCAUCCAUUCCCACUGGGAUUUCUAUUAUUCUACUCCGUAUAUGUUUAUUAUUAUCCCAUUUGCGUACUCAACAACUCUUCCCCAAACUCAUCAUAGUUUCCGGAAAACCUGAAAUUGGGUUUCAAACUUUUCGCACAACCAGCAAUUCUUCACAAGAAAAGAUAAAUGUAUCCGAAGGUAAAGGUGAGGGAUCAAGAAGAAGGAGAUGAUGAUAGGUGGUAUGCCUAUGGGUUGGGCUCUUUGGAAUCCUUAAAAGCUUUUGAAGCAAUUUCCCUCUCUGUCUUAUCUUCUUCAGAUGAUUCUCCUACCUCAGUUGUAAGGAUACCUACGUCGUACAUGUCGAGUUCACCCAAACCUCCAACCCCUUUGCCUACAGAAGCAACAAGUACCAAGAGCGAAAAAACUUCAAGUGGCAGAGAAACAACUAUGCGAGCUAGUUUAGUCCCAAGACCACGAGCAGUCUUAUCUAGUCCAGAUAAUGAUCAAAUUAUAGGAAGUAGUAACAAGGGAAGAGCUAGAUUGCGUCCCAGUUUGAGAAACCAGAACGUGUGUCAAAGUAGAGGGGUUCAAUGCAAAACAAUUCCUAGAACAAACAAAGUUGGAACCCCUUUAAAGGCUAAAGAUGUCAAAAGUCCAGAUGACGGUGAGACUGGUUUGAGAAACCAGAACGUGUGUCAAAGUAGAGGGGUUCAAUGCAAAACAAUUCCUAGAACGAACAAAGCCGGAAGCCCUUUAAAGGCUAAAGAUGUCAAAAGUCCAGAUGAUGGUGAGACUGGGAUUCAGAUCAAAGGGAGGACGGUUAGACGUGAUCAGUCCAAAUUGGGAGAAGGAACAACAUCUGCUAGAAUUAAGGGACUUGGGUGAUCCUGGAAUUGCAAGAGUGAUUGUUUUAUUACUUGGUUUAAAGAUAGUCUUUACCUGCUGAAGUUAUUUAUGCAAUAUAAUUGAAGCAACUUGUUGUUCCCAUUAUAUGAGCAAGCAUGAAAUUGCAUAGCAACUGAAGUGUAAAAGAUUUCGUUAUAUCUUAGGGAUUCUUAGCAAUUACAAGGCAGUGUUUGUUAUAGCUGUUUCCGAAUCAAUACUGCUUGUUACUUUUACAAAAAGACAGUAGUUUUUUUAAGUUAUGGAUUCAGCUUAAUUUUAA